GAAGUCAGUUAGGCACAGACUGCGCAACGAGUCACACCGCAUUCUCUCUUCGUCUUCGUUUUCGUCUUUUCGUGUUUUAGUUUCUGCAUUUCGUUUCGCCUAUCGGAGUACUAAAACAAAUCGGUUAAUUAACACUUAAAGCUCUCUGAUCGCUUGUCAAUCGAAUCCACAAAGUGCCAACAACAAUCGGUGCAGUGCACGCCGGGCACGAACAAUUUGUGGGCUUGGUUGGAGCCACGUGAAACUAUGACUGUAACCGCCUUUGCCGCCGCAAUGCACAGACCCUUCUUCAAUGGAUAUUCCACUAUGCAAGACAUGAACAGCGGCCAAGGACGAGUCAAUCAAUUGGGCGGAGUAUUCAUCAACGGACGUCCACUGCCAAAUAAUAUACGCCUGAAGAUCGUCGAGAUGGCCGCCGAUGGCAUCCGUCCGUGCGUGAUCUCACGCCAGCUGCGCGUCUCCCAUGGCUGCGUGUCCAAGAUACUGAAUCGCUACCAGGAGACGGGCUCCAUUCGUCCGGGUGUGAUUGGUGGCUCCAAGCCGCGAAUUGCCACGCCCGAGAUCGAGAAUCGCAUUGAGGACUACAAGCGCUCGAAUCCGGGCAUGUUCUCCUGGGAGAUACGCGAGAAGCUCAUCCGUGAGGGCAUCUGUGACCGCAGCACGGCUCCAUCCGUGUCCGCCAUAUCGCGCCUGGUGCGCGGCCGGGAUGCGCCGCUCGACAGCGAACUGUCGCCGUCCUCCGCUGACCACCACAAGGCACCGUCCAGCUCGUGCGGCUCCGACCUGUCCUCGGGCCACCACAACAACAACAACAACAAGCACUCCGACGAUGAUCUCUCGGACUGCGAGAGCGAACCGGGAAUCGCCCUGAAGCGCAAGCAACGCCGCUGCCGCACCACCUUCUCCGCCGCCCAGCUGGACGAGCUGGAGCGCGCCUUCGAGCGCACCCAAUACCCGGACAUCUACACCCGCGAGGAGCUGGCACAGCGCACAAAUCUCACCGAGGCACGCAUCCAGGUGUGGUUCAGCAAUCGCCGGGCAAGACUCCGCAAGCAGCACAACUCGGUGUCGGGUGGGCCUGGCUCCGGCGUGGGCUCCGCCAUGCCCUCCGUCUCGAUGGCCUCCAGCGUGGUGUCCAGCGUGCCCAGCAUGGCGCCCCUGGCCAUGAUGCCCAGCAUGGAGGCGGCCGCCGCCUACCAGCAGCAGUACGACUUCUACAGCAGCGCCGCACCCACGGCCACGGCGGUGGGCAGCAAUCUGUCGCCCGGCUCCAGCCUGACGCUCUCCACCACGCCGCCGCAUCACCAUCAGUUCCACUACAAUCCGAGUGCCGUCAGCACAGCCAGCUACAUCAUGCCCUCCAGCGCCACCUCCGGCACCGGUUCGGGUUCCGGCACUGGCAACAUUAUCGUCUCCGGCGUGACGCCCAGCUAUGAGACGCAAUUGGGUCUGGGAGUUUACAGCACUGAAUCUGAGCCGCUUCAGACAAUGCCACGUAACGAGAGUCCCAAUGAGUCCGUCUCCUCUGGCUUUGGCCAGCUGCCGCCCACACCCAACAGCCUCUCGGCCGUGGUGGGUGGAGCCGGUGGCCCCUCCGGCGAGUCCUCCCAGUCGCUGGCCAAUGCCAGCGGCGGCAGUGAGGAGCUGUCGGCAGCGCUCAAAGUGGAGGCUGCCGAGCUGGUGGCCGCCGCCGCGGCAGCUGCAGCUCAGCCUCAGCUCUACAGCAGCUGGAGCUCGAUGCAGAGUCUGCGCCCGAAUGCACCACUCUCGCCGGAGGACUCCCUGAAUUCGACCAGCUCCACCAGCCAGGCCCUGGAGGUGUCGGCUGCCGCCCAUCAGAUGUUCCAUCCGUACCAGCAUACGCCGCAGUAUGCGCCAUAUCCCACGGCCACAGGACACUCGCAUGGGCAUGCCCAUCAUGCCCACGGCCAUCCCCAUCCCCACGGGCACGGGCACGCUCCACAUCCGCAUCCGCAUCCGCAUGCGCAUCAUCCGCAGUACGCUGGCGCGGGACAUCCCCACUAUCCGCCCAGCUCCUCGACACAUUUCAUGCCGCAAAACUUCAAUGCCGCCGCCUUUUCCUCACCCUCGAAGGUCAACUACCCGACGAUGCCACCACAGCCGUUCUACCAUCACUCGUGGUACUAGGGGUGCAGGGAGUUUUGGAUCGGUUGCAGGUGUCAGCUGAUCCGUUGCUUGAUGUCGCCAAAGAUGUACAGGGAACGUGGGGAAGUAGAGACAUUUUCCGCAUGGAAAACAUCUUCAGAACUUCCCCGAGUAGCAGCAAAUCUUAACCAUAGCCAACCAAGUCUUAAUCAUAGUUUAUUCUACCAAUAAGUCCCUACGAUUACGAGUCUAUAUUUUUUGUAUGCUAAGAUCUCUAAGCUAAGUAGCAAGUGCCUUGAAAAUAAAUACAUUUAUUCUAAUUUA